AUGUACGCACUUCGACUCAUCCAAAAUCUCAUAAUAGGGAAACGACGACGCGAAGAUGUGGAGGUCGACAUCCCUGACGAACCGCCAGCAAAACGUCAUCACCAGCGCCAUCUGACGUCCCCACCGAAACGCAAGACACAUUUCUCGACAAAGCCUGCUACCACUGGCCAGAGCUGCUACUCGCUCAGAAAUACUAGAGAGCGCACGCGAAGAAAUAACGGAGCAAUCACCGCACCCGCUCCAGCUCCUGUUCCCGUAUCAUCCCCAGCUCGCCUCCUGAAACGUCCACGGGAUGUUGUGGAUGCUGAUGACUCUGAAGAACCGAAGGCGAAACGUCACCACCAGCGCCAUCUGACAUCUCCACCGAAACGUAAGGCGCACGAGUCGUCAAAGCCUGCUACCACGAGCCAGAGUCGCUACUCGCUCAGGAAUACUCGAGAGCGCACGCGAAGGAACAUCACGGAAUCCGUCGCUUCUGUCUCAGCUUCUAUCCCAGCUCCCAUUCAAGUUCAACCCCCAGCUCCCACUCUCGCGAAGAGUCCACGCGAUAGUGUGGAUGCUGAUGUCUCUGACGAACCUCAGGCGAAGUGUCUCGACGAGCGCCAUCUAAUAUCCACACCCCCGAAGCAUCAGACCCGUUCCUCGACAAAGCCCGCCACCACCAGACAGAGCCGUUACGCGCUGAGGAAUACGAGAGUGCGCUCCAGAAGAAAAAUCAUAGCACCUCCAACUUGCCACACACCUACUAUCUUAGCUUCUAUCGUUCCCGUGCCAAUCACAGCUCCCGCCCUGACCCCUUCUAAAAAGUCCAACUUAGUAAAGCCUCCCCGCGAUACUGUGAAUUUCGAUACUCCCGGAGAGCCGUCAAAGUGCCCUCAUCAACGCGAAGUGACAUUCUCGAGGCCAAAACAUUUGCGCCGUUUAUCGUUGAAGCCAUACUAUCCCGCCCAAAGCCGUUACUCGCUCAGGAUGACCGCGGACCGCAUUCGAAGGAGCAACGCAGCACCCCAAUCAGUAUCCAUUGAGUGCUCUACCUCUGCUUUCGUUCCAGAUCGACUCCCUGCUCCCGUCCCAGCCUCAACUACCAUCCGAGCCGUUCCGUCCCCUGCUUCUCUGCCAAUCCCUAUCCCAGCUGUCACCCCAGCCUCUACCCAAGCUACUAUUUCAGCCUCUGUCCGCCCUUGCAUUCAAGUCCAUCCAGUCGUCAUCCAGAUCCCAGACCCAGCACAAAUAUCUAGCCCUACCCCAGCUACCGGCAAAACCUGUGCCUCGACAUCUAUUCCUUCUCGCCCCUCAAUCGACAACGCGAACUCAAGUUCAAUGGCUCAACCCAAGCAUCUUCCCUGGGACCAACUUCCUGAGAGCACACGAACUCGACUGUCUGCCCGGUACAAUUAUCUGGUCUCCCAAGCUUGGAGUGGGCGAGAUGAGGUGUACAGCAUCGGUUGGACCGGUUACACCGAUGUUCUGGGCUCAUCGACGAGCGAGACGUCUGACGGCACUGUAACGGAAGACUUGACCGACACCACUCCGGGUAUUACUAGAUCUCUUAGUAUGAGGGUGAUAGAUCGCCACCGUGACUUCUAUAUGCUCUCUAAUCAAGAUGCGUUCUCCAAUCCUCUGGAUGCAUCAAUCGAUGAAGCAUUAGCCGAAGUAGAACCCUUGUUCAUCCCCUCUGCGAUACUUCAUCCUUCGUCACAUCGAAGGCCGUCACCGUAUAUCCACGAUGAUCGAAAUCCCCUCUCAGUCGAACGACUCUCGUUCCCCAAUGGCUACGACAAAUAUUGUAUAGAGCGUGAUUUCGUCAAGAGAAAAUCUUACCGGGCCGAGGAGUCACGACCACAUACCUUGGACCUCUUGCGCGGGAUCAGCGCCCACUGGGGCUUCUAUUUCGCGUAUUCACCAAACAAGACAGCGGAAGAAGCUCGCGCGAGCCAGAUGUCCCAAGAUUUGAUCCUCGCGACUCAAGAGCUCGGGUCUAUCAUGGACACCGCGACUCACCGCCACGAAACAGAAGCCUACCACACCGCCUUGGCCCAUCGCUGCUUCUAUGCGCUCUACCUCACCCGUAUCAUCGUCCUCUCCAGAUUUCUAGACUGUCUUCCUCGAGACAUAGACUUAGAGUUUGCACGUACUGAAUGGGCCGUAUUUCAGCAUGCUCCACCCCGUCUACCGAAUAGGGACGACGUCUUCUCCGCAGUCUAUCGCCAUGUCAAGAGAGCCUGUAGUUCUGUCUUCGACCUCAAGCGGACGGCCGAAGGUCGGUUCAAUGCGCUCUUUACCAGGAAUCGGCAUCUUUUUUACAAGAAACUUUACCACCCGAGCAACUAUCCGAUGGUCCUGAAGGCCCUUGAAAAUUCUCUCAACGUGAAGCUGCCAUUCUAUCUCGCGGUCGACGAGGUCGAAGCUCCAGUUUACCAAAACCCCUCAAGCAGUCGGCGUCCCGCCUGCUCCCGCCUCGGUGUCAGUGCUCUGUUCUUUGGAUUUGAUAAACGGUUUUGA